GUCGUUCUGUAUCUCUGUAUCUUCGGCCAUAGCUGAUUAUACACAUGACAAGUGUAGCCGAAGCUCUCCCCCUUUUCUUAUUCGUUUACUCUCUGAUGGGGCGAUUCUGUCCCCAGUUGGCUGAGGCUCAAGGUAGCAGAGGAGACGGAGACACCCUGGUGCAAUUUCAUGUAGGAGUUGUGCUUGAUAUGGAGACCUUGGUUGGGAAGAUAAGCAAUAGCUCUAUAUCCAUGGCGGUCACUGAUUUCUAUGACUCUCACAGCGACUACAAAACCAGGUUGGUUCUCCAUACUAGAGACUCAAAUCAAGACGUUGUGGCUGCAGCAAUCGCAGCAAUUGACUUACUACAGAAAACUGAAGUACAAGCAAUAGUAGGGCCUCAAACAUCUCAACAAGCCGAAUUUAUUGUGGAUCUUGGUAACAGAGUUAAAGUACCCAUCAUCUCAUUUUGUGCAACAAGCCCUUCUUUAUGCUCUCGAACCCCAUAUUUUAUAAGAACAAUUCCAGAUGAUCAUACUCAAGUACAAGGUAUUGCCUCACUUGCACAAGCCUUUAGAUGGAGAAAAGUCAUCCCAAUUCUUGAAGAUGCUGACUAUGGAAAUCAACUAACAAGUGAUUUGAUACAUGCCUUACAAGAGGUAAACACUCGUGUUCCCUAUAGAAGUGUCAUUUCCCCAUCAGCCACUGAUGAACAAAUUCUUGAAGAGCUCAUGAAGUUGAUGAAGAUGCAGACUAGUGUAUUUGUUGUUCAUAUGCCACUUUCUCUUGGAUCUCGUCUCUUCUUGAAGGCCAAAGAGAUUGGAAUGAUGAGUGAAGGGUAUGCUUGGAUUAUCACAAACGAGUUGACAAAUGUUUUGGGAAAUAUGGAUUCUUCUGUUAUUAAUUCUAUGCAAGGUGUUUUGGGCAUAACUCCUUAUAUUCCCCAAUCAGAUAAGCUCACUAGCUUCAUCGAAAGAUGGAAAGGAAAAUUCCUUGAAGAGAACCAAGAUAUUGAAAGUGCAAACAUGAACACUUUUGCAUUAUGGGCAUACGACACCAUCUGGGCACUGGCAAUGGCAGUGGAGAGAGUUCAAAACAUGACACCCCACAAUCUGAAACCAACAUUUGAUGAAACCUCUACAGACUUACUGAGCUUAAAAAUCUCUAUAAUAGGCUCAAAGCUUUUGAAAGAGAUUCAAAAUAUCAAACUUAAGGGUUUAACCGGCGAUUUCCAUCUUAUUAAUGGACAACUACAACCAUCAGCUUUUCAAAUACUGAAUGUAGUUGGAAAAGGGAGCAAAGAGGUUGGAUUUUGGACAGUAAAACAUGGAUUUUCAAAGGACUUAAAUGAGGAUGAUAAGAUUAUUUGCUCACUUACAGAUGAUAGUCUUCAAGGAAUCAUUUGGCCAGGAGAAUCAAUAAAUGCUCCUAAGGGUUGGAUGAUUCCGAAGAGUAAGAAAAAACUAAGAAUUGGAGUUCCAGUAACAGCUGAGGGUUUUAGUGAAUUCGUUAAGGUGGAACAAGAUCCUAGCACUAAAUUAACUAAUGUUAGUGGAUACUGUAUAGAUGUAUUCAACUCUGUGAUGGCUUCAUUACCAUAUAACAUCCCUUAUGAGUUUGUUCCUUUCCAAAAUGAGGAUGGUAAGAGUGCUGGAAGUUACAAUGAUUUGAUAUACCAAGUCUACACUGAGGAAUAUGAUGCAGUUGUGGGUGAUAUAACAAUCACAGCCAACCGGUCAUUAUACGUUGACUUUGCUCUACCUUAUACAGAUGGUGGUGUGUGGAUGGUAGUUCCAAACAAAUCUCAACAAAGAAAAGAUAAUAAUGUAUGGAUAGAGCCUCUAAGUUGGGAUUUCUUAUCAUCAAGAAUCGCUUUCUUUAUCUUCACUGGAUUUGUGAUAUGGGUUUCUAAACACCAAGGACACAACAGUUUUAAAGGUCAUAUGAUUCAACAUGAUAGAACAUUCCUGCACAGUUUAUCAGCACCCCUUACCCACAGAAAAAAUAUAUUGGUUGGAAUAUUUUCUAAACUAUUGGUGAUGAUGUGGUUAUUUACAAUUAUCAUUCUCACAUCAAGUUACAUAGCAAGCCUAACAUCAAUAUUCAUGGUAAAAAAGCUUCAACCUAUCAGAAUUGAGUUAGAGGACCUUAUCAGAAAUGGAGAUUAUGUAGGCUAUCGCAAAGGCUCAUUCAUAGAGGAUCUCUUAAAGAGAUCAAAGUUUGCUGAAUCCAAGCUAAAGGCCUAUAGCACCCUAGAAGAAUGUAAUGAAGCAUUAUCCAAAGGAUCUCAAAAUGGUGGUGUAUCUGCUUUUUUUGAUGAAUUACCUUAUAUUUAUACAUUUCGUGGAAAAUAUUGCUCUAAAUAUGAAAUUAUUGGACCUACACACAAGACUGAUGGAUUUGGAUUUGCUUUUCCAAGAGGAUCCCCUUUAGUGGCUGAUAUUUCAAAGGCAUUAUUAUAUAUAACAGAGGGACAAAAAAUGAUGAAGAUUGAACAGUCUUGGUUUGGUCGUCGAAUCAUUUGUGAAGACGCUAAUCCAAAAAUCAUUCAAAAUCCAUUCAUUGUUGUAAUCGAUGUUGUUUUAAUGUUUUUUCUUAUGAUGUUCUUGAUUAUCUAUUUCUCAGGUGCAAAAGAAUUUGACUUAUGUUGGAUUACAAAAUUCCUUUGGUGGGUUCUCCAGAAAAGAAAGGAAAAAUGAAGGAA